UCUCUCCAGGAGGGAGGUGCUUACUCAAGUCGAAACUGUGACAAAGUUACUGUAACCCACUUGGAGACGUGAACAGGAGCUGUGGAUGAUUUCUGAUGACAGAUGGACCGAGAAGAGAAAGAGACAGACAGUGAAGUCAGUCAGUGAAUAUCAGCUGCAUAGCACCUCUUAAAAGAUGCCCAUUUGCUCCAGGAUGGAUCAGGCACUUCCCAGCCGGGGCUCCGGAGCUUCAGACCAACACGAACCAGACAGCGAGGAGCUGCAGCUCCGAGUGGACUUCUUCAGGAAGCUGGGUUACUCUUCAGAGGGGGUGAAGGCUGCUCUGAGAAAGCUGGGCCUGAACACAGACACUAACUCGGUGCUGGGAGAGCUGGUUCAAAGCGGGACCAGCGGCGCUGACAGCGAAGAGCGGAGCACGGGCCAAAGCGACCCUCUGAUGCCCCCCAGUUGGGCCCCCGGACCCGGCAGAAACACACCACAAGUCCAGGACUGGAAGACUGCGGAUGCAAUAUUGAGGCCAAUUGUUAUUGACGGCAGCAAUGUUGCAAUGAGUCAUGGCAACAAGGAAGUGUUCUCAUGUCGAGGCCUCCAACUGGCGGUUAACUUCUUCCUGGACAGGGGUCAUAAAAACAUCACUGUGUUUGUUCCCACCUGGCGUAAAGAGCAGCCCCGACCUGAUGCACCCAUAACAGAUCAACACAUCCUUGCGGAGCUCGAAAAACGUAAAAUAGUGGUCUUCACUCCAUCACGGCGUGUUGGCGGUAAGCGAGUGGUUUGCUAUGACGACCGCUUUAUCGUCAAGUUGGCGUACGAGUCAGAGGGAGUGAUCGUAUCCAAUGACACCUACCGUGACCUCCAAGGAGAACGACCAGAGUGGAAGAGAUGCAUCGAGGAGAGGCUCCUCAUGUAUUCCUUCGUCAAUGACAAGUUCAUGCCCCCAGAUGACCCUCUUGGCCGCCAUGGCCCCAGUCUUGAAAACUUUCUGAGGACAAAGCCACUGCCUACAGAGCAAAAGAGGCAGCUCUGCCCUUAUGACAAAAAGUGCACUUACGGCAUCAAAUGUAAGUUCUACCAUCCUGAGCGAAAUAACCAGUCGUACCUGUCCUUGGCUGAUCAACUGAGAGAAAAAGCCCAGAUUUCUACUGUCAAAGAAGAGAGAAAUGCCAGGUCAUCACCCAAGCAAGUUCAGGCUGAUCCUAAACCUACCAAUAAUGCCUGUUCCUAUCUUCAAGACUCAGAGUUCAUAAAAGGGAGAGACCAGCAAAGUUCUUCAUAUCCCAGUCUGGUUAGUGAAAAUGCGCUGCUGUACUGGAAGGACCCUAGAAAGAGUCCAAAUCAUAAGCCAUGUCCGGUAACAGGAAGCCAGUGUCAGAAUGACUGGUCAGGGAUGCACCAACUGGCCAAUCCUUACUACACCAGCAUCUCUCAGGAGUACCUGGAUUCUGGCCUUGGCUCUUUAGAGAGCCAGUAUUCUGACUUUUCACAUUGCAACAAUACCUCCCAAAGGCUCAGGGCCCAGCAGCAGAGUGCCCUCACUGGAUCCUGGCAUACCUCUGUGCCUUUAGAGAAAAAAAACAGCAGCCAAUGCAACAGGUGCUGUUCCCAUGUAGGGUCCUCAGCUCUUCAGCAACAUCAUGGGAACCUGGAGUCAAAGGGUCAAACCAAAUACCACACCUACCCUUCUCACAUGUUCCAGCAUGGUGUACCACACCAGCAAAGCCUCCCAAACCAUCACAAUUACCAUGGGACCCCAAAUCAUCAGGAAAACUACUGGUCAGAUCCAUUUCAGGGGCUGCCCCAAGCCAGGUCAUCAUGUAGCCUGCCGCCCUCGAUCCACUUCUCAAACUCCCACAACUCCUGCUGCUCCUACAAAGACCAUCAGCACCCAUCCUGGGGCCAACAACAAGCUGCCUCUGCUGUGUUUGACCCGCAAAGGUUGGAACUCCGAAAGAAUCUGCAAGCCAUCUUCAACCCAAAUCAGGUGGAUGCAGUCAUGGAGAUGUUUCCACAUCUGAUGGAUGCUGAGAAACUGGCUGCAGAGAUCCUCAACCUGAAGGCUCAGAGAGGGAUAUUCUGAUGAUUUCUCUGAAAAAAUUAUGUCUUGAGCCUCCUUGUUUAGUUGGAUCUAAAAUGAUAUUUGUGUUGAAACAAAAAGCAAAAAGACACUCUCAUAGUAUGUACCAUUGGUUGGUUCCAAAGCCAAUCAUUACUCUGUAAUAUGCCAUUAUAGAAUUGUUAUUUGUUUGGCUUGAGCUAUAUGCAUUUGUAUGACAUUGUCGUCAGUUGUGGCCAUGUCAUCCAUUUUUUGGAUGAAAAAAGCCUCUAGACCAGAAGUAAUCACUGCUGGUUUUCUAGAGUUUUGACAGUUGAUGCAUAUUGUGUCAAAUUUUGUAUAUUUUAAUCCUUGUCCUAAAAUUAGUUCUCAAGCAAACAUGAUUCUCCGUAUAUAUAGUAUAUAAGUUUUACUUUUGCUUUCCCUGUAGUUCUCCUGAACUUUCUGCUGUUCAUUGUAAACUCUGAGAGGUGCACUUACAUUCCCAUCACAUGGGAUUUAGAGUAAAUCCUAACCGAACCAGGAAACUCACAAAAGACUUAGACACAAACCAAGAGUAUUAUUGAUAGUAAUUCAGUUUUUGUUUUGUUAAAAAUUAUCCAUACAAACAUUAUGUAACUCUCUAUAAACUUGUUACUGUUCAAUGAAUGAUUAUUCAAAUGUACCCAGAACUAAGUUCUCAUGAACACUGGUAAUUUAUGGGGUUGUAGAAAAUCCCUUGUAAACAUACACUGUAAAAAGUCAUGUUCAACCUGUAAAGAAGAAAAAGUCACGAAAAAUUAAAAAACUUUUAGAAAUGUUAAA